GAGUGUGAUGGAGAGGUGGGCAGGGCUGAGUCUGGCUCGGGGGGUUGUGGGAGUGGGAGAGGGAGUGUGGAUAAAAAGCCACUCAGAGCCCCAGCUCGACACUCAGUCCUCUCUUGUCAGAGCCAGAGUACCCUCCCAGCCUCUCUUCACCAUGGCAACAGUCUUCGCCAGCCGCUCUUCCAUGGGAGGCGGAUUCUCCAUGGGCUCGUCCCGCAUGUUCUUGUCCGGAGGGGGCAUGGGUGUGGGCGGCGGGCUCGUCGGCGGCCGCAUGAUGAGGGCCGGCAGCGUGUACGGGGGCGCUGGGGGUUCCGGGGUGCGCAUCUCCAACGCCACCAGCCUGGGCUCGGCGGGCGGCUUCGCCUCGGCGGGCGGCUUCGGCGGAGGGUUCGGAGCGGGCGGCGGGUUCGGAGCGGGCGGCGGGUUCGGAGCGGGCGGAGGGUUCGGAGCGGGCGGCGGGUUCGGAGCGGGCGGAGGGUUCGGAGCAGGCGGCGGGUUCGGCGCCGGCGGUGGAUUCAGCAUGUCCAUGGGCGGGGAGGGCAGCGUCAUCGGCAACGAGAAGGGCACCAUGCAGAACCUCAACGACCGUCUGGCCACCUACCUGGCCAAGGUGCAGACCCUGGAGAAGGCCAACGCCGAGCUGGAGCUGAAGAUCAGACAGUUCCUGGAGGGUAGGGUCGGACCUGCUGGCCACGACUACGGUGCCUUCAUGGCCAGCAUCACUGACCUGCAGGCCAAGAUCCAGGGGGCCAUUCAGCUGAAGGGAUCUGUGCAUCUGGCCAUAGACAAUGCCAGCCUUGCCAUGGACGACUUCAGAGUCAAGUACGAGACCGAGCUGACUAUGCGUCAGUCUGUGGAGGCGGACAUUGCUGGUCUGAAGAGGGUGCUGGACGAGCUGAACAUGACCAGGGAUGACCUGACCAUGCAGAUCACUGGCCUGCAAGAGGAGCUCGUCUUCCUCAAGAAGAACCACGAGGAGGAGCUUGUGGCCCUGCGUGCUCAGAUGUCCGGCCAGGUGCACGUGGAGGUAAACGCAGCUCCUCAGGAGGACCUCACCAAGAUCAUGGCCGACAUCCGGGAACACUACGAGGCAGUCUCAGCCAAGAGCCAGAGGGAACUUGAGUCCUGGUUCCAGACCAAGUCGGAGACGAUUAACAAGGAGGUCAUGACGAGCACAGAGGUCCUUCAGACCAGCAGGACAGAGGUCAACUCCGUCAAGAGCGCCGUUCAGUCCCUGGAAAUUGAGCUUCAGACACUCCUCAGCAUGAAAGCGUCGCUGGAGGGAACACUAGCGGAGACGCAGUCGCGCUACUCGUCCAUGCUCUCGGGCUACCAGAUGCAGGUGGGCAGCCUGGAGGGUCAGCUCACACAGCUGCGUGGUGACCUCGAGCGCCAGGGACAGGAGUACUCCAUGCUCCUGGACAUCAAGAUCAGGCUGGAGAUGGAGAUCGCCGAGUACAGAAGACUGCUGGACAGAGGCGCAAGCGCAAGCUCAAGCCUCACCAUCACUAGCAGUAGCGUGGACGGAGGUGUCAGCGCGGCCGGAGGUUUCACCAUGAAUGGAGACGCAAGCCUUCUCUCAGGCUCGUCUUCCACCUCCACCACCACCACCAAGGUCAUCACCGUCGUAGAAGAGGUAGAGCUGGUUGAUGGGCAGGUGGUAUCCUCCUCCUCUACUUCCUCUGGGCGUCUCAUUAACUAAACCAUCCACUUCAAGCCCACCUGACAGCAGCCGGCAUUGGGCCCAAACAGGCCUGACUGGCGUGGGGCCCACGGGUGUCCAGACCCAGUAAGAGCCUAAUCGUGUCCAGACCCCACCUCUGUCAGGACCAACCAUAAUCAAGUGUCUGAUGGGAGAAUCCACUGUGUGACUUUUUUUUAGUCCAGUGCACUGAGAGCCUCCCUCAUUAUGCUGGACAAU